UAUAUGCGCGUGGCAGGACAGUUUUGGGGUCGAAGCAAUGGCGUGCAGCAACGGUGGAGGAACAUGUCUCUCCGGUUGCUACAAAGAAGACGACAACAAGAAGCAUGAAGAAGAAGCCGCUGCCAACGGCGUUGUGCCGAAUCCCAAGGGCAACAGCCAUGAGGGCGACGCUUGCAUAAAGUGCAAAUCUAACCAGAACAUCGCCGCCACCAGCCCCACGGUGGCCAUCGGCGGCGACGCUGCCCGGUUUUGCGCCGAUUGCUUCCGAAGCAAUUUGUUUGGGAAGUUCAGGUUCGCAGUCACCUCCAACGCCAUGAUUUCUCCCUCUGAUAAAGUCCUCCUCGCUUUCUCUGGUGGCCCUUCUUCCAGGGUGGCUUUACAAUUUGUGCAUGAGAUCCAAAGUAAAGCACAAAAGAACUUUGAUGCAAGUAAAGAUAGAGCAUUGCCAGUAUUUGGUGUUGGGGUUGCUUUUGUAGAUGAAAGUGCUAUUUAUCCAGUCCCUUCUCAUGAAUUCAAUGAUGCAAUUGAAGAUAUGAAACUUAUACUAUCAAAUUUAACUCCACCAAGAAAAGAGUUUCAUGUUGUCCCCAUAGAGAGCAUUUAUUCUUUGGAUUCAGGGAAUGUAAAGGACAGGUUGAAAGGAUUCGUUAAUGCCAUUGCUGAUGCGACUGGAAAGGAAGAUCUUCUGAUGCAUUUGCGAAUGUCUUUGCUGCAAAAGAUUGCUCUUGAAAAUGGAUACACCAAACUUAUGUUGGGAUCCUGCACAUCAAGGUUAGCUUGCCAUGUCAUUGCAGCUGCUGUUAAGGGUCAGGGUUAUUCUUUAGCUGCAGAUAUACAAUAUGUGGAUGCAAGGUGGAAGAUACCAGUUAUGCUUCCCCUGCGUGAUUGUCUGUCACAAGAGCUUGACAUGCUCUGUCGCAUUGACGGCUUAAAAACUAUGAAGGUUUUUGACAUUCCUCAUUCUGGCAUCAACGGCUUGGUCUCAUCAUUUGUAAAGCUAUUGCAGGAAGAAAAUCCUUCUCGUGAAUGCACAAUCAUGAGAACAGCAGGAAAGCUCACUCCAUUCCAUUUUAAUAGGAUUCCAGAAAGCGAGGACCUUAAUGCUCGUUUGACAUCCCAAAAGCGUCGGAAAAAAUUUAAUCUGAAGCCUAUUGAAUCCCUUCCGCAAGAAUCAUUCUGUCCCAUUUGUAAUAGCCCAACCAAUGAAUAUGACUUGAAAAGUUUGAGCAAUGUUGAGAACAUCCAAUCAACUGCCGAAACUUUUGGAGCCAUAUGUUGUUCAAGUUGCCAAUUUCAGAUACUUCCUAAAGAACCCUCAGCAAUGGAGGAAUUUUAUUCUCUGCUUCCACAGCUAAUCACUGCCCGAGCCAAGGAUGGCGACCAUUGCAACCAGAGAUUUCUGUGGGAGCAAAUUCAAGACUGCUUACUUUCAGACUCUGAAGAUGAAACCUGAACCUGCUAUUUGGUUGUCUCCAAGACUUCUGCUCCAGUCGAUUGACAUUCGCGUUUUUAACUAAUUAAUUCAAUUAUUCAGCAUGGCUCGGUUUCGUGCUUCCCAUUGGCAGCAAGCCAGGAAACAGGAGAAACAGAAGAGUUUUUUAAGGUUUGAUAUGAUAUUAAGAAAUCUGGAUUGAUUUGAUAAUGUAAUCAGCUUGUUCCUCUCUGCUUUUGUUCAUAUCUAUGGGCCGGCUGUUGCCUUUUAAGUUUUGGGGAAA